AUGGCACACCCACCGUCAAGUUCCGUGCCAGCGAUAUUCCUCACCCAUCCGCGGGACCCUGGGCCGUUUUGCGGCACGGAUAAGACUGAUGUCGAGGAGUGGCUAACACUGUACGAGAGGACACAUGCCGCAAGACGAAACAUAAUUCUCUCGUUGUUGGUGCGUCGUCUGCGUCGCAAGAGGAACAGGUCUCUCUACAUAAGGGAUAUAUUUGACAAGCGUCCAGAGUAUGGAGAAUACCACCACCUAGUACAGGAGCUUCGGCACAGUGCUCCUGAAUAUCAUUUCAAGUUUUUCAUGAUGACAAAGGCAUCAUUCGACACGCUGCUGAGCCUUGUGUACCACAGGCUUGUUCAUCCUCCAACUCACAGGAGACCCAUCUCACCGGCAGAGAGGCUCGCGGUGAUAUUGAGAUUCCUGGCCAAAGGAGGGUCCAUGGAGGACAUUGCAUUUGGCUACCGAAUGCAUGCUUCUACUGUAGCUAGCAUACUGAAGGAGACUUUACCAGCGAUCUGGGACUGCUUGAGGCCCCUGGUACUCGCACGCCCAAGCACGCAGAGGUGGCGCGACAUAGCUAAGGAAUACCAUGACAAAUGGGAUUUUCCAAACACAAUAGGGAGCAUUGAUGGCAAGCAUAUUGCGAUCAAAUGUCCUAACAAGAGUGGCUCCGACUUUUACAAUUAUAAAGGUUUCUAUUCACUAAGUAUGCUGGCUAUAGCAGAUGCCAAAUAUAGAUUUCUAAUGGUGGACAUCGGAGCCCAAAGCCGAUAUUCGGAUGGUUCUUUAUUUAAGAGGAGUCCCUUCCAGGCAGUUUUUGAAAAGGGUGCUUUGGGGCUGCCUUCAAAUAUUUCGGAGUGCCCACUUUGGUUGGCGAUGCAGCCUUCCCUUUGCGGACCUACUUGAUGCGGCCCUACCCUGGGAGAAAGUUGGAUGAUAGAAAAAAGGUCUUCAAUUACCGCUUGUCGAGGGCACGCAGAUGCAUUGAAAAUGCUUUUGGCAUUCUGGUCUCCCGGUGGCGGGUGUUUCUUGGAACGGUGCAAGGCGAGCCAGAGCUCAACAACAUGAUUCAGGCUGCCGUAUGUUUGCACAAUUUUCUUACGGAGGACACUGCCUACUGCCCUGACGAGUAUAGCGACACGCUGUGCGACGAGACGGUGCAUGACGGAGAAUGGCGCCACGCUGUCACUGAAAUUGGCACAAAGACAGUGCCGUCAAACAACCGCCCCACCUCAGCUGCCAUGGGAAUGAGGGACGAAAUAGCAGAUUAUUUUAUGUCUCCAGAAGGUUCAUCGCCGUGGCAGCUGAAGGUUGUCAGGCGAUGCUAAAAUCUCCUGUAAACAUGCAUGCAUAGUUUGUACCCUCAAUGUUCUCUUCCUUUAUUCCUAGCAGAAUACAGCACAUUCGAGUGCUGUGUUUUGUAAGGCUGUAUUAUAUGUAAUACUUUGAGUAUUUUUGCCGCACUGCCUUACAAGCAGAUUUUUUGUGGCUUAUUCAUUGCUGUUUGUUUAUGUGGUUUAACUAUGUGCGUAUU